AUGCGUUUGCUAGUAGCAGAAGUAGCUGCAGCUUAUUCACCAUUGUCCUCUGCUACUCCAGUAUGUAACUCACAAACUUGCAGAUGGAAGCCUUACGCAUCCCUCCUCCUCAUCCUUCUAGUCUCUGCUCUCAUAUGUGCCCUCUCUCUUUACGCUUCAAUCCGUUGCUUUCUCCGCUCAACUCUCCAGACUGACGCCAAGCCUGAUGCUGAAGAGGAUGUUUCAGCAACCAUACCAGUUCCUACGCUUGUCUACUCCUCAGACCUUGAGCUUGCAGGAGCUGAAGCAGAGUGUGCUAUCUGCUUGUCUGAAUUUGAACAAGGUGAGAGCAUCCAAGUGCUGGAGAAAUGUCAUCAUGGGUUCCAUGUCAAAUGCAUCCACAAGUGGCUCUCGUCCCGCUCAUCAUGUCCUACUUGCCGGACUUCUAUUUCCUUACAAAACACUUUAGACUUUGCACCAUCAACAGAAACUCCUUCAACAAACCAGAUUAAUGCUUAGCUUUCCUCACUUCUUGUCCCAUUUUCUCUAUCUUUCUUCUUUCCAAUGCUUAGAGUUGUAUCAUGUUUGCUUGAGAUUACUGCCCUGAUGAUGUUCUAUAUUAGGUAAAACUAUAAAACACAGACAAAUAACUACAACGUGUAUGAAUCAAAUUAUAUUU